AUGCAGGCGCAGGUGCGGCUGCACCGGCUUCUCCGCCGAGCCUGCACACCCGGGGUACUGUCGAGCAAUCAGGUCGGUGUGACGGUGCAUGCUCUUCGUCAGUUGAACCUGCUCGAUGUCUCCUCGCAUUCGCCAGAACGUAGUAUUCUCCCUAUCGUGAGGCACCUUUGCAGCGGCGCGGACGCACGCUCGCAGGCAAACCUGCUGCACGCGCUGGCUUCCGCUGUCAGCGAGAGCCACAGCUGUCGUACUGUGGUCCACCAGGAGCUGCACAGCACCGUGCAGCUCGUGCAGGCAGCGCUGCUGGAAGUGGCCGACACGCUCACUGCCACUGAAACUGUGUUGGUAAUGGAGGCGCUGUUGAAGCUGAUGCCCUACGUCGGCUGUGACGCCGGCACGCCGCUCGUAAAUUCGCGGCUGGUGGAGGAGGUUCGGGAGCGGACGAUGGCGCUGGCAAGCGUCGUGGAGCGACCGGUAGACCUGCUUGGCGUGACGCGGGUCGUUGUCGAAGCCACCUCCUCGACUUCCGCUGUAGCGAGGGAUGGAGUCUAUGGCGGUAGGCCGUCUGUGAGUAACUUUGCAUGGGCAUCGUUUUCGCUCGAACACAUUUUGCGCGUGGUGCAGGCCCGUCUCAGCACCUUCAGCAAGCAGGAGCUUAUCUCGCUUGUCGACGUGCUGACAGUGCGGCGAUCGUCGGUUUCAAGUGGCGACGUUUCCUUCCCUUCAGCAUUUUCAUCCUCUGCCCCAUCGACGCCGUUCCACCACGAGAAAAGUCGCGGUGCUGCUGCUUCGAUGGAGAAGCAUGCUGAAACAGCGGCCGACACGACGUCGGCGACCGCCGAUGGUGUCAUGUUACUCGACGCCAGUCGUCCUCUUAUUCCGGAUAUACUUGCAUGCGCACUCACCACUGUACCGUCACUCUCCAUCUCGCAGCUGUGCGCGUGGCUCACGCGCCUAACGACGCUCCGACUCACAGACAACUCUCUCCUUCUGGCUGUUGUGCAGAGUUUGGCAAGCGCCGAUGUUCAGUACUUCACAAUACCUCAACUGGCUAGUGGGGCCGGCGCGCUCGCAAAUCUUCUCACGCUGACCUCGGUCCCAGGUCAACCAUGGGCGCAUGCUGAGCUGUGUAUUCGCCUUUACGCAAGACUGCUGCACUGCCUCUCUUCAGCGCUCUACGAUGCUGAUCGACACGACCCUGAAGUGGUGCACCACGCCCAGACUCGUUUGCUACCGCUACUCGGCACGAUUCCAGAGGCUGCGCUGGACGACUACCUCGACAGCGCCAUGCCAAAAAGCAUGAGGCGUGUCGACUUGGGUUUUGGCGAUAAGUCGAAAGCGGCGGCACCAGACACCGCAGUACGGCCACACUUUCUUAGUGUGUGUGCUACGCUUGCAAGCGCCAUUGAGAAGACCGCGGCGGUCUUACUCCGCUCUAUUGCAGUGCUGCCCCCGCGCGAGCAAGCUCUCGUCGCUUCUGCCGUCUUUUACUGGCGUGUCUACACGCCCUCCGUCGCCGAUAUGCCAGGUGCGUCGACAGCGGCAGUGGCUCAGCAACCUUCCAUUCCCUUUGAGCAAGAGUGCCAAUUUUCUCUCAAGUGCAGAGAUGUGCUGCAUCGCUGCUCUCCGCUGACGCUGGACGACAUGGCGCGCAAGCACCGCGCCUUGUGUGGGCUGAUCAUAACUUGUAGCGCCGGCUUCACGGCGAGAGAUUCGGUGUACGUGCUCAACGAGCUCGUCGUGGCGCAUUAUACCGAUCGUGCUUUGCAGGUACUUCACCAGGAAGAGCAGCAGCAGCAGCAGCAGCCGCAGCAUCAGCGCCGUCUCUCGUCUUCGGCAGCAGAUUUGAGCAGUGCGCCAUGCACCCAGCCUAGCUUGCUUGUGUCUGUCGUGCGUGUAACUUCGGAGGAGCGGCAGGUUCUCAUGAAGCUGCUCAACGACCAGCUGCAGGGACCGCUGCUGAGCGCUCUCGGGGAGGUGCACACGUCCCAGCUCGUCCGCUACCUGUCGUCUCUGUCGAGGAUGGGUGUGGGCGCCAAGGGGCCCUACCGUGCAGUAAUGCGGCACCUGAAUGGCCGCUCUCUAUCGAGCUUUGAGCAGGUGAGUUUGAUGGUGGUGAUGGCUCGUCAUCACUUAAGGUCUCGUCGCGUUGUGCACGAGGUCAUCCGUGCUCUGCCGGAGCUUGGCACGGCUCUGAGUACUGCUGCGAAGGUGACGCUGCUGAAGAGCCUCGGGCAGGUGAAUGGCCAGCAAUUUGUCAAGGCGCCGUACGACGAGACCCUCCUUCCUGGGAAGUUUUUCCCCACGCUGGAGGAGCUCCCACGACUCACGUUUCUGCAGCUCGUCUUCUGCUUCAACGGCCUCAUGGAACUCCGUCAGUACGAGAAUCCAGCAGCGCAGGCGGUGCUGGUAGAGAUCAGCAAGCGCCUCUGCACGCCGCCACUUCGGCCAAGCGACUCCCUCCGCACCAUCAACUCCGCGACGGCGCUGGCGGAGUUUCUCGCGUCCCUCUGCCGCUUUGGGGGCCCUGCGGAGGGGGUCUCAACAGCACUGCUGCUAGAGACGCUGCAGGCGCUGGAGCAGCGGCUCGCCACGACACGCUCUCUCUUCGUUGACCUCGCCCGACUCAAUUGGUACUGGCCAUGUGUGCAGGAGUACUUCCACCUCUCUUCAGCGCUGUGGAACGGCUGUGCAUCGUCGAGGCAUGGUGCGCGGCGAGAUACAACAGCACCAAUAGUGGAGCAGUGGUCUUUCACAACGGACGAGUGGCUCCGUCUGACCAGGGCGUUUGGGCAGCUGGUCGAGACAGCCGGCGCGCGCGUCGCAGCGCGGCUGCAGGACAUCGCCAAGUCUCCGAGUCUGCGACCCAAUACCUUCCUGUGGUGUCAAAUGGUGUGCGGACUGCGGUUCGGCGGAAUACCGCCUCGUGGGAGUGCAGAGGAAGUGCGUCUUGUCGAAAACCUGGAGCAGAAGAAGAUGCUGCCGUUGCUCAGCAACCCGCAGCAGCUACUCGACAUGACCGUGCUCGCCCUUCACUUCACCUCGGAAGGACGAGAUGCAGAGGCGAUGCCGGCACUGCGGUUCAUUCAGAAGAACAUGGCUGCAAUGCAGGUGCAGGACUGCCUGCAGGUGUGGUGGUACAUCUCCCAACUGCUGUCAGUGUCCUCAUUGUCAACCACCGCUACGUCAUUAGGCUGGGUGACGUCACCGCGACGAAGCGAGGUUGGUAAAGUGCAGGGGACAGGGACUAACUUUUCCUCCGCCGUCGUGGCACCAGUGUCGGAGAGAGCUCGUUUCGUGUUGCAGGAGGUGCGUGAUGCUGCCAAGGAGCAGGUGCUCCGCGGAGAAAAGGCAGUCACGCAGAAGCUCAGCGUUAUGGAGAAACGGCUGCUGAAGUCUCUGCAGUGA